AUGAACCAGCCGCCUCAGAUCUUUGGAGCCUAUACCCCUGACGGCAUGCCCGUUCAGCACAUGCCCCCCGACCUCGCCGCCCACAUGUUUGGCGACCCCUCAACGCUCCUUGACGAUGCCAACGAGGCAAAGAGGAGAAGAAUCGCGAGGGCUUGUGACAUGUGUAGGAAGAAGAAGAUCAAGUGCGACGGCAAGCUGCCCGCCUGCAGCCACUGCAUAAACUACAAGACGGAUUGCGUCUUCACCCAGGUCGAGAAGAAGCGCAACCCUCCAAAGGGAGCCAAGUACAUUGAAGGACUCGAGAACCGCCUCGGUCGCAUGGAGAACCUCCUGAGGCUUUCGGGUCUCCUAGGUGAAGACGAUGAUGGUGACACGGAUCUCGGCACCCUCGAAAAGCGCUUGGCGGAGAAGCAGCAGCAGCAGUCGAGACAGGCCUCUCAAGCUGUGUCCAAUCCGACCUCACCGUCGCAGGCAACAUCAGGGCAAAACGAGAACAUGUCGACAACGCCGCAGAGCGCCGUGACAUCGCCUGAAUCAAGCAAGGAUUCCAACAAGGAGCCCAAGGACGGCAGCAAGCAUAGGGCCUCGGUGUCCGAGGAGAAGGACAACGAAGAAGAGGUCGAGGCACUAUCCGAGCUCAUGUGCUCUCUGGUUACGAACCAGAGUGGUGAGACCCGAUACAUCGGCUCCUCCUCUGGGUUUUCCAUCUUUUCCCCCAAGGGAAUUCAGUGGGUGAACGAAAAGACGGGCGACAACUCCUUUCAGCAGAUGAUUUCCGAGGUAUCGCUUGACGACCACAAGUGGACCGCCUGGAAGCCCGAAGUCUUCAGCGAUCUCUUCCGCCGCCCUAUUUUCCGACCUUUGCCUCCCAAGGCCGAGGCGUUGUCUCUGCUCAAGGACUUUUUCGAGAACUUUAACUGCAUGUUCCCCUUGUUCCACCAACCUACCUUCAUGCAUCUGGUCGAGCGACAGUAUUCCGAUGACCCUUACGAGGGCACCGGCUGGUGGGCGAGUUUGAACUGUGCCUUGGCUUUCGCUCACCGCCUGCGUGUCAUGAGCAACCUCGUGCCGCAAGAGGAAGACGACAAGGCCUGGGGGUACAUCAAGAACGCUCUGGGAACUUUUGCCGAGUUGACGAUGCGCAACACGGAUUUGCUGAGUGUGCAAGCCUUGCUCGGAAUGGCGCUCUUCAUGCAAGGAACACCGAACCCUCAACCCACCGUCCUCCUCGUCGCCACGGCCAUUCGGCUCGCCCAUACCAUCGGCCUACACAAGCGCGGAACGGGUUUCAACCUCAACCCCAUCGAAAUCGAACAGCGAAAGCGAGUUUUCUGGAUUGCGUACAUGCUGGACAAGGACCUGUGUCUUCGGGCGGGCAGGCCGCCGGCGCAGGAUGACGACGACUUGAAUGUGGAACUGCCCGACGCCGAUCCGGAAGACAACAUCGGCAACAUUCCGCUGGCUGAAAACAAGGGCAAGAUGAACCUGUUCAGGGUGAUGUGCGAGUUUGCGACCAUCGAAAGCAAGGUUUACUCCCGGCUCUACUCGACCAAGGCCACUAAGCAGUCGAGCGGAGAGCUCCUGAACACCAUCGGAGAGCUGGACCAAGAGCUCGAGGAGUGGAAGGACAGGAUUCCGAUCGACUUCAGACCGGAGCACGAGAUCAGGGCGUCGCAUACGCCUCUACUUUUGCACGUCGUCAUGCUUCAUCUGGCCUACUACAACUGCCUGACGACAAUCCACCGCAUGUCCGUCCACCACGGCUACUGGACAAGUCGCCUGUCCAACUACGCCAUCCAGGGUCUUAAUGCCAAGCCCCUGAACCCGCGUGUCUUCUCCUCUGCGGCUCUUUGUACUGCCGCUGCCAGAGCGUCGAUUUCGCUUCUGAAGUACAUGCCGCAAGGAGACUCUCCGAGUGUCUGGCUGAUUCUGUACUUCCCAGUGUCGGCAUUGAUGACGCUGUUUGGGAACAUUCUACAAAACCCCAUGGACCCCAGGGCCAAGUCCGACACGAGGUUGAUGAACUUGGUCGUCAACUUCUUGUCAAUGCUGGGGCAAGAAGCCGAGACGGGCGGUGUUCAUCGUAUGCUGGGUGUUUGCUCCGAGUUUGAGAGGAUAGCCAAGCUCGUCAUCGAGAAGGGGGAGAAGGAGCAGUCCUCGCGCAGGAAACGAAAGAGCGACGCCGCUACAAAGUCGACGUCAAGUCCUACCGCAACAAGUCACACCCCUCGACCGACGUCAGUGACAACGCCAACCCCCCACAGCAUGCACGCGGCGAACACCCCUUCGGCGACAAACGGCCAGCUAUCGCCCGAUUUCAACGGCGAGGCCAACCGCCGGAGGCACGGCUUCAGCCCCAUGCAGACAACGUCGAUGCGAGAGCCAUCGCCGGCUCUGCCGUCCGCUGGCUGGCCGCAAGAGUUCAACAUUCCCGACCAGGCGAGCUUUGGCAACUUUGCAGAGAUGACAGGAUUCGGAGGGCCCAAUAACCCGCGCUCGCCACCGGUGAACAUGGGUGCGCCGUUCCAGCAACCCCUGUUGCCUCAAGACUUGUUCUCGCUUCCCAUGACGCUCGACUGGGACUGGGCUGAGAUGAGUGGCGGCGCUUACCCGACUGUGGAGAACGGCAACGUUGGCUGA